UGAGUCCUUGUUUACUCAAUAAGUAAUGAUUAGAUUGGGGGAUUCUGCUCCCCAAAUGACUCAGUUAUUUGCAAGUGACCGCUGCAGAAUCUGAUAUAAGAAGCAGGUCCGGCUGAUACUCGUCCAACUAGAAAAGAACAUGAUGGCGUCCUGGUGUGCCCUUGCUUUCUUCUGUUUGGCGUUUUUCUGCCAUGGAGCUCAGUCCUGCCCACUACAUUGCAAAUGUUACUACAGAUCAACUGAGGUCGUCUGCAACGACUCUCCCCUGACGGAGUACCCCUCCAGCGGUUUCCAGAGGAACACCACCCUGAUGACCAUCCAAUUCACCAACAUCACCUCCAUCUCCGAGCACCACCUGAGCGCCACGCCGAUGCUGAAAGGACUCCACGUGUACAGCAACCAGCUGCAGAACCUUUCCUCUCAUCUCCUCCGAGGAACUCCUCACCUGGACACUCUGGACCUCACGGGGAACAAAGUGUCCGAGCUGCCGGCAGACGUCUUCAGCCACGCCCCGCUCAUCAACCUGGUGCUCAAGAAUAAUCUGAUCGAAAAGGCCGAAGCGAAGUGGCUCCCUGACAACAGCAACAUCACCUGGUUGGACUUAUCUGGGAACAGAAUAACGCAGGUCCCGGCUGCUCUGCUUCAGAAGCUGCCCCACCUGGAUAAUCUGGACCUGGGCAACAACCGCCUAGAGAAGAUCUCUGCAAACUCUCUGGACUCGCUGCCCAAACUGGAGAGGCUUAACCUGCGCAACAACAAGCUCAGCACCCUGGAUGCAUCCAUCUUUCAAAACACCCAUAACCUCACCUACCUGUUCCUCAAUAGAAACAAGCUCCAAAAACUUCCCCAAAACCUUUUUCAGGGGCUCGAUCAGCUCAGUGUGGUGAGUCUGGAUGACAACCAGCUCAGCCACGUCCCUGCAGGUUUCCUCGACCCGCUGAGCUCCCUGGAUGAAGAGGCGCUGGACCUGAGCGGUAACCCCUGGCAGUGUGACGGGAAGAUGGCGUACCUGUGGAGGUGGAUGCUGAAGAAUAAGGACAAAGUCUAUCUGCCAGAGUCCGUCAUAUGUGCUGCACCGCCAUCUCUGGUGGGACGCUCGGUGAUUUCACUGAAAGAAAGUGAACUAAACCUUUAAACAUUUUCCAUCUUCACUCUAUCUGAUGUAGUGAUGUCUUACUUUCACUGAAAUGUUCUCUUUUAUCAGAGUAAUGUGAAUGUAUGAUUAAAAAUGAUAGAGAGCCUUUUAGAAUGUCUGUCUCUUUUGUCUUUACUUUAAACCUCUGAAGUUCAGGAGAUUUUGGUUCAAAUUUGUC